GAUCAGCCGUUGACGGGUGUGCGUCAUUGUCUCUGAGGCGGAGAUUCCCAUAAGCAGUGUUCGGUGUCAGCGUCGAUGGCGUAUAAAUAGUAUCGGAGUCCGUGGCUCAUGGUGGCUGAACCAUGUUGGCUUCUGAACUCAUCUAGAAGUUCAGCAUUACCGUUUGCACCAUGGUGAGGAACAUUAGUCUCCUCAGCCUCGAUGGCGGGGGUGUCCGCGGAUUAUCCUCCCUUUACAUUCUGAAGCACAUCAUGGAAUCUAUCGAUCCUGAAAACACACCAAAGCCAUGCGAAUACUUUGAUUUGAUAGGAGGAUCCGGAUCAGGCGGAUUAAUAGCCAUUAUGCUUGGUCGAUUGGAGAUGGACAUUGAUCAGUGCAUCAACGCAUACAAAAGGCUGUCAAACCACGUAUUUGCUCGAAAGCGACUGCUGCCAGUAGGAGGCAACUUGCGCCGACAAUCGAAAUAUGACGGUCGCAGGAUUGAAACUGCCAUGAAGGCGAUUCUUCAUGAGCUUGGCUACGAAGAUGACAUACUUCUAAGAGAACCGGCAUCUUCUUGCAAAGUCUACGUUUGCGUGACCGAUGACGGUUCAAAACGUAACCUAGCACCCUUGACAAGCUACCCGAGCAAAUACUGCUCCAACGAGCUUUACAAGACCGCCAAAGUAUGGCAGGCUGGUAGAGCUUGCUUCUCCACAGAGCAGCUCUUCGAUCCCGUUCCUAUUGGACCAAGCGGACGGCGAUUCUACAAUAGCAGCACAGACGCUAACAAUCCCGUGCGAGAAGUCUGGAUAGAAGCGAGAGGGAUAUGGCCAUCCGGCUCAUUGGAUAGCCAAAUACGCUGCAUGGUAUCGAUUGGCACGGGUGUGCCAUCAAUCAAACGAUCCGGCAAAGCGAUGUUCGGCUUACUGAAGACAUCGCGCACUGAUUCCGUUGAUACCGAGAUGGACAUGAACAAGUUCCUCCGAGAGCAUACCGAACUAGACGACGAGAAUCGUCUAUUCCGAUUCGAUGUCCCCAAUGGCUUAGCGGAUAUUUCACUCGAUGGGAUUGAUGAGAUCGACACGAUCGUGGAUGCUACCGAGGAAUAUCUCGCCAAGGAGCCGGUCUACAAGCAGAUUCAGAAAUGCGGGAAAGCUCUCAGUGCAGGGCCGUAGGGCAUGUUGUGGUGUUCCUUUUUGUAUGAAAUUGGGUGGCAGACUGCUGGAGUUGGAUGCAAACGUCAAUUAUGUCUAGACUUAUUAAUACUAUCGAUACCAUUGUCGCGAUUCGCUUCGAUUCAUCGCAUGCUAUGACUGAAUGAACAACAAUCAAUAUCUUCCACAUUGGAAACCAAGACAAGAAUAACCUUCCCGAACCUUAUUCUCA